CAGUCAACAUGGCAGAACCCGAAUUAAAUGUUGAUAAUCUUAUACAGAGAUUAUUAGAAGUACGAGGAUCUAGACCUGGAAAAUCGGUAAACAUGACCGAAGGAGAAGUGCGAGGUCUCUGCAUGAAAUCACGGGAAAUUUUUCUCCAACAACCAAUUCUUUUAGAACUUGAGGCACCACUUAAAAUUUGUGGCGAUAUUCAUGGUCAAUAUACCGACCUUUUGAGGCUCUUCGAGUACGGAGGAUUUCCAGUGGAAGCAAACUAUUUAUUUUUAGGAGAUUAUGUGGAUCGCGGAAAACAAUCUCUGGAAACGAUUUGUUUACUGCUCUCCUAUAAAAUCAAAUACCCCGAGAACUUUUUCCUACUACGCGGCAACCACGAAUGCGCCUCCAUUAAUAGAAUAUACGGAUUUUAUGAUGAAUGUAAAAGAAGAUUUAACAUAAAAUUAUGGAAAACCUUUACGGAUUGCUUUAAUUGCCUUCCAAUAGCAGCAAUAAUAGAUGAGAAAAUAUUCUGUUGUCAUGGUGGAUUAAGUCCUGAUUUGCAGGGUAUGGAACAAAUUCGACGAAUAAUGCGACCUACUGAUGUACCGGAUUCAGGUCUUCUUUGUGAUCUUCUUUGGUCCGAUCCAGACAAAGACGUGCAGGGCUGGGGCGAAAACGAUCGUGGAGUGUCGUUCACAUUUGGAGCCGAUGUCGUUGGAAAGUUCCUCAACAGACACGAUCUAGAUCUGAUUUGUCGGGCGCAUCAGGUGGUCGAAGAUGGUUACGAAUUCUUCGCAAAACGUCAGUUGGUCACCCUGUUCUCGGCACCAAAUUACUGCGGAGAAUUCGACAACGCUGGAGGAAUGAUGUCAGUCGACGAAACGUUAAUGUGUUCUUUUCAGAUUUUAAAACCGGCUGAAAAGAAAAGCAAACUAGCAUACCAAGGUGGGGCAUCUCCAGCUCCUUCAGCAACAAAAACUGCGGUAUCCAAAAAGAAAUAAAUUAUACUACUAGCUCAAACAUUUAAUUGUAUUUUAUUGUUUUGCCAAUAUAUUUUAUAAACCUGCAUAUUCUUACAAGACUCAAGAAUGUUAGACUGAAAGAAGUAUUAUAUUAUUUAAUUUUAAUUAUUUUGUAACAAGCUUUG